GAGGCAAAAAUGGUUGCUCCCGACGGUGGCUGAGCCCCCAGCCCCUGGAAUAUGCAGCCCGGGGGAGCCCCAGGCAGCGGCAAGGACGCGGUGGCGGAGUGGGGCGGGAGGCAUGGUCUCUACCUACCGGGUGGCCGUGCUGGGGGCGCGAGGCGUGGGCAAAAGUGCCAUCGUGCGCCAGUUCUUGUACAACGAGUUCAGCGAGGUCUGUGUGCCCACCACCGCCCGCCGCCUCUACCUGCCUGCUGUCGUCAUGAACGGCCACGUGCACGACCUCCAGAUCCUCGACUUCCCGCCCAUCAGCGCCUUCCCUGUCAACACGCUGCAGGAGUGGGCAGACGCCUGCUGCAGGGGACUUCGGAGUGUCCACGCCUACAUCCUGGUUUACGACAUCUGCUGCUUUGACAGCUUUGAGUACGUCAAGACCAUCCGCCAGCAGAUCCUGGAGACAAGGGUGAUCGGCACAUCUGAGACACCCAUCAUCAUCGUGGGCAACAAGCGGGACCUGCAGCGCGGACGUGUGAUCCCACGCUGGAACGUGUCGCACCUGGUGCGCAAGACCUGGAAGUGCGGCUACGUGGAGUGCUCAGCCAAGUACAACUGGCACAUCCUGCUGCUCUUCAGCGAGUUGCUCAAGAGCGUCGGCUGCGCGCGUUGCAAGCACGUGCACGCCGCCCUGCGCUUCCAGGGGGCGCUGCGCCGCAACCGCUGCGCUAUCAUGUGA